AUGAACUGCGUCAAGAUUCUCGUACUGCUCUCCCUCAUCCCUCUCGCGCUGAGGGGGGCGUCGCUCCUCGUCGUCCCGUCACCUUCCGCCCCUGACUCUGCAUCACGCACCGGCGUCUUGGCUCCGGUGCCGGCGGAGCAGUGGAGGCAGGAGCGGAGGAGGACGGUGGGCCGUCAGACUCGGGGCGGCCGCGCCACCACCAUCGCUCCCUUCGCCCCGCGGCGGUUCGGCGGCUUCUUCCGGGACGACAAGAGGUUCGCGCCGACGGGGUCGAACCCGCUGCACAACCUGUGA